AUGGACUACACGAUGGAAGACACCCAGAACUCCGCCCCCGAUGCGCUUGAGGCGUCCAAGUUGAACUCAGCAGGCCAGCGCAACGACAGCCAAAGCGUCACCAAACGGUUCGUGCCUACUUCACCCCCAUUGUCCAGCUAUCCAUCCUCCAGUGAACUAACCUCAAUCUCCUUGGUGUUCAACAGCCUCCAAGCAGAGCUCAUGCAGCUAAUGCUCUCGCCAUCGCCGGGUAUCUCCGCCUUCCCAGACGCAGAUGGCAACCUUCUCUCAUGGACGGCGACAAUCACCGGACCGGCCGACACGCCCUACGACGGCCUGAAACUCAAGCUAUCGUUCGCUUUCCCAAGCAACUAUCCCUAUGCGCCGCCGACCGUGCUCUUCAAGACGCCCAUCUACCACCCCAACUUCGACUUCUCGGGCCGCAUCUGCCUGGACAUCCUAAAGGAUAAGUGGAGUGCUGUUUACAACGUGCAGAGUGUGCUGCUCAGUCUGCAGAGCUUGCUCGGGGAGCCGAACAACGCGAGUCCCUUGAACGCCCAAGCCGCGGAACUAUGGGACACCGACCAGGAAGAAUUCAAGCGUCACGUCCUCGCCCGACACCGCGACAUCGAAGAUAUUGAGUAA